CCCGCCCCAUGGCUUCGCCGGAGGACCCUCUGCGCGCAGCUCGCAUGGCCGAGGAGCCCGUGGAAGACACGGACCCCAGCACUCUGUCCUUCCACGUGUCAGACAAAUACCCCAUUCAAGACACGGGACUCCCUAAAGUUGAAGAAUGUGAUCCAGUUCCUUUGAACGGCCCAACAAAUUCUGACGUGCAUCAUCAGGGAGAAGAAAAUGGCUUUGCAGACAGUCCCGGAGAGCCCCUCACAGACGUCAGCAAGGUCAAGGUCGUCAGCAAGGCCGAGUCCUGCCGGGACGACUGCACCUGCUCCGCCUGCUCGCUCCGGGCCCCCACCAUCAGCGACCUGCUCAACGACCAGGACUUGCUCGACGUGAUCAGGAUCAAGCUGGACCCCUGCCACCCCACCAUCAAGAACUGGAGGAAUUUUGCCAGCAGGUGGGGCAUGCGCUACGACGAGCUGAACUUCCUGGAGCAGCGGCCCCAGAGCCCCACCCUGGAGUUCCUGCUGCGGAACAGCCAGCGGCCGGUGGGCCAGCUCAUGGAGCUGUGCCGGCUCUACCACCGCGCCGACGUGGAGCGCGUGCUGCGCAGGUGGGUGGACGAGGAGUGGCCCAAGCGGGCCCGCGGCGACCACCCUCGGAACUUCUAGGCCUCUGCUCCUCGCCUGGGACAGUGUGGACAGCCCCAGGC